AUGGAUUUAGGUCAAUCGCCAUCCAAUCCUAAUCUUUCGUUAGGGUUUUUAUCUCAUUCAUCGUUGCCUACGCCCGCGAAUAAUCAUCAAGGCCCAAAGAUUGCCGAUGAUUCGAUAUCGUUCCAAAUUGAGUCGAGGAUUCGGGACCCGUCGUUUGAGGUUCCAUCGAUUGCCCUUCAGUUGAUGGAUCAGCAGACCGAGAAUCAUCCUCGCCAUGCUGAACAUUGUUCAAAUGAAAAUAUAGUUAGUGGAGAGGAUGAGGAAAAAGAUGUGAAGGAGUUUCGGAUAUUGGGGCACUCGAUGUGCUUGAAGAGGAAACGGGAUUGUGAGUCAGUGUCUUCCUCUUCAAAGAGCAAUAAGACUUCUACUAAUGAGCUGGAGUCGCGUAGGAAUGCGGUUAGGGCAUGGGGGAAUCAGAGCUUGAGAGUCUCAGAUCCUAAUAUAUAUGAAAUUAUGGAGAAGGAGAAGCAUAGGCAGUACAAAGGAAUUGAAUUAAUUGCAUCUGAGAAUUUUGUGUGUAAAGCUGUAAUGGAUGCGUUGGGAAGCCAUUUGACUAACAAGUACUCGGAGGGAAUGCCAGGCGCCCGAUAUUAUGGUGGGAAUUUGUACAUUGAUGAAAUUGAAACACUCUGUUGUGAGCGUGCUUUGACUGCUUUUGGGCUUGAUUCUGAACAUUGGGGUGUAAAUGUGCAGCCGUACUCGUGCACAUCUGCAAACUUUGCUGUAUAUACUGGGUUGUUAUUGCCAGGCGAUCGGAUAAUGGGGUUGGACACACCGUCUGGUGGGAACACGAGUCAUGGCUGCUAUUUGCCUAAUGGGAGGAAAAUUUCUGGGGCAUCAAUUUUCUUUGAGAGCUUGCCGUAUAAGGUGAACCCACAGACAGGUUAUAUAGAUUAUGAUAAGCUGGAAGAAAGGGUAAUCGAUUUUCGCCCAAAAAUAUUGAUUUGUGGGGGGAGUUCAUACCCUCGGGAGUGGGAUUAUUUAAGGUUUAGGCAGAUAGCUGAUAAAUGUGGAGCGGUAUUGCUGUGUGACAUGGCUCAGAUUAGUGGUCUUAUUUCUGCCAAGGAGUGUGCAAAUCCUUUUGAAUACUGUGAUGUUGUAACAUCUACAACCCAUAAAAGUCUUCGAGGUCCAAGGGGAGGAAUUAUUUUCUACAGGAAGGGCCCAAAGCCGAGGAAAAGAGGCAUGCUUUUGUAUCAAGGUGAUGACAGUGAUAGAUAUGAUUUUGAGGAAAAGAUAAACUUUGCUGUUUUCCCAGCAUUGCAAGGGGGACCGCACAACAACCACAUUGCGGCCCUUGCAGUAGCUUUGAAACAAGUGGCUACUCUCGAGUACAAGACUUACAUGCAACAAGUGAAGAAAAAUGCUCAGGCCUUAGCAUCUGCUUUAUUAAGAAGAAAAUGUAGGCUGGUCACUGGAGGCACCGACAAUCAUAUGUUGCUUUGGGAUCUAAGAAAUCUUGGAUUGACAGGUAAAAAUUUCGAGAAGGUCUGUGAGCUGUGUCACAUGACUCUCAACAAAGUUACAAUCUUUGAUGAUAGUGGCAAUAUUUCCCCUGGAGGUGUAAGGAUUGGCACUCCUGCAAUGACAUCAAGAGGCUGUCUGGAGGAUGAUUUUGAGAUGAUAGCUGAUUUUCUCGUUAGAGCUGCCCAAAUUGCUAGUUCUGUACAGAGAGAACAUUCUAAACUGCCUAAAGCUUUUCUGAAGGGACUUGAGAAUAACAAAGAAAUUGUCGAGCUCCAAACACAAGUUGAAUGUUUUGCAUCCCAGUUUGCGAUGCCCGGAUUUGACAUGUAA